UCCAUCGCCCACACUGGUCCAUUUUUGUUUCCCUUAUAAACUUUUAAUCACUUUUGACCACUUAAUUUUCAUUCAAAAAGCCCCCAACUUUAAUGGCAAUGGCCGAGUGCGCGCUCAAGUGCAAUAACAUCAAGUGCAGGCAGUCGCUGGCACGCGCCGAGAGCGCAUGCAUUACAAAAUAUAUAUUUUGCAUGCGGUGUGCCACUGGCGGGUUCCGCUCAUCGCCCCUAUGCCCUGCCUGCCAAACAGAAAUGACUCAUCAUGUGAUGACAGUGUCACUGGCAGUCACCGAAAACUACAAAUCGCUGAUUCUCGCAGGGCUGCCUCCACUGGUAAUCAUGGAUAUCUGUAGCCGCGCUUUGUCAUUCUGGUCCUACCAAGCUGCACAGGAGCUGGCCUUCCAGCAGGCAGAUGCUGAGGCUCAAAGAGACAAAAUACAGCUGGUCGAGUCCCGCGCUGCAACUUCCAUCGCUGAGGCUCGCGAGAAAAUAAAAGUUGUCGAGUCAAAGUUGAAUUCUGCGCAGUGUGCUCUCAACGCUGAGCGCCAGGAACGCUCUAUCGCCGAGGACACAAUUGAAGAGAAGAAUCGGCAGCUACGAGGAAUUAAGCUGGCAUACAACAACUUGCGCCAAAACCAUGCACUAGCGCAGAUGAGCAACCGAGCGGAUAUAGCGCCAGACCGAGCAUCAGUCUUCCCACGAAUGUGCAACGAGCGUUACAGCGCUGUUGCGGGGCCUUUCAGCGAGAACGGUCAGGUCGGUACCAGCAAUUCGGGACACCAUGCCACAAUAAACCCGUUUUGGCGCGCCAAGGGGCCUCGUGCCUUUUCAGCAACGCAGACUCCAAAUAGGGGCACAAACAGCUGGGAGCAUCAAUUUUGUUAAUUUGGGGCUUUGCCUCACACGUGUACAUAUUUUACGA